AGCUUCGCGGGCGCGGGGCCGCCGAGGCCUCAUUAAGACGCGGGGCCCAGCUUUCCUCUCCCGGCGCGGCGGCGGCAGCGGCGUUGCGGGCGGGCUGUGACCGGCCGCGGUGAUCCCGGUAAUGAGCCGAGUGUGUGGUGGCCUCCAUAUAAAGCAGCUCUUGAGUAUGUGCUGAGAUUGGUGUAGGUUAUUCCUUUGCCAUAGGAAAGGGUCACAGCAGGCCUGAAUUUGAGACACUUGAGGACUUGGAGUGUGAUUGAACCAGCUCCAACUGAUUUGAGAUGAUAGGAGCUCCCAUAUGUAUGUCUCUUAUGGAAACCUGAUCCAAAGUUGGGUGUGCAGAAAUUGGACCUCAGUGUCCCACUGUCCAUGGUUUUGAGAGCACUUGAUAUGCACCGUUAUUAGAUGCCAGACCUGUUGUCAUCUGUGCUAAGCUGCAACCAAAAUGGCUAAGUACAGGCUUGUUCUUCUGAGACAUGGGGAAGGAGCCUGGAACAAGGAGAAUCGCUUCUGCAGCUGGGUGGACCAGAAGCUGAGCAGUGAUGGGAUAAAGGAAGCUCAGAACUGUGGCAAACACCUUAAGGCACUGGGCUUUGAGUUUGACCUCGUCUUCACCUCUGUACUCAGCCGUUCCAUCCAGACUGCGUGGCUUAUCUUGGAAGAGAUGGGCCAAGAGUGGGUUCCCAUUCAGAGUUCCUGGCGGCUGAAUGAACGUCACUAUGGUGCACUGAUUGGUCUCAACAGAGCUGAAAUGGCUCUGAAUCAUGGGGAGGAGCAAGUGAAAAUAUGGAGGAGAAGUUAUGAUGUUACCCCACCUCCCAUAGCUGAAUCACAUCCUUACUAUGAAGAGAUAUACAAUGAUCGCCGGUAUAAAUGCAGUGAUGUCUCUCAGGAUAAUCUCCCAAAGGCUGAAAGUCUAAAAGAUGUGCUUGAUAGACUCCUUCCCUAUUGGAAUGAAAAAAUAGUGCCAGAACUGAAAAGUGGCAAAAUGAUCCUCAUCUCUGCUCAUGGUAACAGCAGCAGGGCAUUGCUGAAGCACCUGGAAGGCAUCUCUGAUAAGGACAUCAUCAAUGUUACUCUCCCCACUGGUGUGCCCAUACUUCUUGAACUUGAUGAGAAUCUCCACCCUCUUGGCCCUCACCAGUUUCUGGGUGAUCAAGAAGCUAUCCAAGCUGCCAUCAAAAAAGUGGAAGAUCAAGGGAAAGUAAAAUCUGCUGAGAAGUAAAAUCCCAUUAACCCAGCUGUUUUCAAAGUGUGGUGAUUGAUGUAUGACUGCUAGAUUGCACUGUGUGAGAGUCUCAAUUUCAAGUGCUAUAUAAUUGGAAGGGACAGUUGUUGAGUCUCAGGUUGGUAGAUUAACCCUUUGCCUUUCAAAAAACCUGGAAUUUAGAUCUCAACAUGAGGCUAUAAAUUCUGAAAAACUGGAGAUCCUUCAGGUAAUGGGAACUUGCAGGGCAGUCUACCCCAGAUGUAGAGUUGAUGGGUGGCCCAGUACAGAAAUGAAGGGAUAUGUUAUUGGUGUAUACCAAUAAUCAGUCCUAAUCUGUGAAGGGGAAAAGCACCAGUUUACUAGACUAAGUCCAGGUUGUUAUAGGCAGUAAAACUUUCUCACUGAUAAAGUGGCUACCAGGUAACAGAGUUAUUCAGUAUGAUUCUUCUGUGUCAGUGGCCAUGACAGUUUGUUCUGGAUGGAGUUCCUUCAGUCUUUUAGAACACUAUCAGCUGUACAGUUCUUUGCCUUUGAUAUUUUGAGUCUUCCAAGGCCAGUUCAUGGUCCAGAGAAUUUUGUAGCGAUGCUUAGACUGUUAUAGUUACCACAGUUGUCUUUUGUUACACUAUAUUCCAGUUUUCAAAUAAUCUAGAAGGAAUCCCUUUUCCUCCACCAUCUUUGCAAAGCCUAGUGUGACUGCGUUUUGUUGACUUGCAAUAAUAGGAUUUAACUCAGACUUUAGUCAACAAAUGAAGCACAGAGGUUUCCUGCUCAGUGUUUAAAUUAUCACUUAGCUCUUAAUGAGUGACCUGAAUAGCUCUGAAACACUCAAGUAACAUGUACUAGAGGUUUGAUCAUCUCUUAGUCAAGUUGUUAAAAUAAUUCCUGUUUACCUCAGUAAAACUAAAUCUAGGAAAAUCUCCCUCUAAGCUUUCCUGAGUUGUAAAGAUCUCUUGAUAAUAUGUUCCAUGGUAAUAUUAUGUGGCAUUCUCUCUAUCAAUUUCUCUGCAGGGCUGGAAGAGAUACAUAAGGCAUGUAAGAUGUGUUACUGGGUACAGCUCAUUUGGCCAUCAUGGUGGCAGGGAAGGAUGUUCUGCCAUGCCUGAAAGUGUUCUAUAACAUUCUCCUCACAGUCAUAGCUUGAUUCUUGCUGAGUGUUUGGCACUAAAUUCGAACAGUUCAUACUGUGGUUGGGUGUAGUGUAGCUUGUAUGGCAGUUUAUUUUCUUCAUGUAUACAAACAUCAGGAUAAUUCCACUUUGGAAGAUUGGAAGACUUGCUCUAAUCUUACUUGCAAAUACAAAUUUGUUACUUAAAUUUAGAUCUUACCCAGUGUUUCAACACCUGAGCAUCUGGAUUCUGAUCUCAGUUACCAACAUGGCUGGCACUUGUGUAUGUAUUGUUUGAGCGAAAUGUGUUCUCAGCAUGGCCCAGCUACAAAUCUCAAGAGAAGUCAGUGAGAAAUCCCUUAGUAUGAUGAUAGUAUGAACUUUUAAAAUCAUAGGGUAGCUGAGUAGCUGCUGCUUUGUAGUGAGCAGCUCUGUAGCUCACUUCAUAAGUGUAAGAGGACCUUUUUUUUUUUUCCUUUGAGGAGAGUGGUGUGAGUAUGGUGUGACUCUGAGUCUCCCUGCUAUACAGAGGUAGACUUUCCAGGUCUGGUGUCAGUUCCCAUUAGUGUCACACAUACUCCAUAAAAGACUAGCUAGAUGAUAAUGUCUUGCAUGAUUGAUGCUUGGGCUUCCCUUUGGUUUUGUUUUUGUAGCAAUAGGAACAAAGUUACAUAUUUCUCUUUUAAACAUAAAGCUGGUAGUUUCCUCUUGCUUUGUACAAGCAAUGAUAUUUCAGUGUUUUUAUCUGAAAUACUAUUUGCAUCUUCCCUACUACUACUGUUUGAUACUAACUUACUCCUUUCUGGGUUUUUAGUUUUCUGUGCAUAGAGUAACUCCGAAUCUUAGUUGAUAUUUUACAAGUCAGUGUUAGAGUUACAUUGUUGAUCUGCAACUGCUCACCUGUCAAAGCCCUGAGAAGGGCUGCUGGCACUUGAGUGCUUAGGUUCUUACCCAAACAUUCUGCAAGGUGUCAACUUCAGUAUCAAGUAAAAGUUACUGUAGGCUUAUUAACAAGGCAAGCAGAGCCACCUGUUGUCAGUGGGAACUGCCUGCAUCCAGGUGUGUGGGCUUACAGGCCUUGUCUAUCUGUCCACAUCCCUUUGGCACUGUGGUAUUGUAAUGUAGAACUGCUUCAGGACUUGAGGUGCAGCUGAAAUACUUAGAAAUGAACCCAGAUGAACUGGGAGACCUGCUCUCUCUCCUUCCCUUUUUAGAGAAUUCAUGAUCUUUUCUGGGGAGGGAGUGGGGAAUGGAAAGGUGGAUGAGUGAAUGUAGAGAGCAUUAAUAUCUCUUCUUGCAGCCAAGUGGAUGAAAUUGACUGUAAACAGCUUUUAAAAGUCAUGGACAGUAAGAAGAGAACAGCAGUUUCUGCAGUGCUGCUUAAGACAUCAGUAGUGACAGUGCCCUGGGAAGUUUGACUUCAUUUGCUUUGUGACUCCAAAGUGAUGACAGAAUUUUACAUGCACAUCUGGCAGUGAUACCACCUCACGAAAGUAUCAAAUGGAACCAACUGGGGAUUUCAUUGUGCUCUUUAACAUUAUUUUAAUGCCUUGAAAUGCUUGCUUCUGAAUAGCUGUCUGAUUAAAUUCCUGAUUCAAAAUGUGUAUAUUGAAGAACAGAACCGAUCUGCCAUCAACAGUUGUAUAAGGAUUCCUGAUCUUCAGGCAUAGCUACAUUAGAAGGAGAAAUGAGAAUCUUGCUGGUGGCUUUAGAGAUCAGUGGUUGGAAAACACUUUGUCCAUGUUUGAGUAUGCCUCAAAGCCCUGUAAGUUAACUGGUAUUUCUACACUUGACAUGGAUAUAGUUGAUUUUGUUUAUGCAUUUUUAACUUGUGGUUCAGUAGCAGUAAUAGCUCUAGAAUAAUCUUGAAAACCUUUUUAAAUAUGGUGGAGCUGACAGGUUCUUUAUAACUCAAUAAAUUUACCUGAAAUAGAAUUUAACUUUGUUUCAGUCUUUCUUCCUUCUACUCCCUUCCCCUUUGCUGCCUUCCCAGGGCUGACAGGUAAAUAAAACUGUGACCAGAAGUCAUCAAGCAGUUGUUAAUCACAUAUCAUGCAAUCAGUUGGGUUAAAAUAGUAUUAGAGCAAACACUGACAUGUUUACACAUAAGGAAGCUGGGCUGGAGAGGAAUACAUACCUGUUAGGAACAACAAAUGA